UGCAGGGAGGGGGAGAGAGCAGAGAGCUGAGCACGGACGUCAGGAACAAAAGCCCAGGCAGUGGAGUCUGGCGAAGGCAAGGAGAGAGCAUGGGGUGUUUUUGAAUAAUUAUUAAAAUGAGCAAGUGUCUGCGCCAUCCUGUGGGUGUGGCGCAGAGCGGAGUGUAAACUCUAGCGGGGCCGAAGCAAACAUUGGCUUAGCGGCAGCAGCUGCCAGUCUGUGCCUAGGAGUGUGGGGACCAGCGCGGCGGCAAGCAGACCGACACCAUGGCCUCGUCUCAGGGGAAAAACGAGCUGAAAUUCGCCGACUGGAUGGCAACUCUGCCUGAGAGCAUCCACAGCAUCCCCCUCACCAAUUUAGCCAUCCCAGGGUCCCAUGAUUCCUUCAGCUUCUACAUUGAUGAAGCUUCUCCAGUAGGCCCUGAACAGCCAGAAACUGUCCAGAACUUUGUUUCUGUGUUUGGAACUGUGGCCAAGAAGCUGAUGAGGAAAUGGUUAGCCACUCAAACGAUGAACUUCACUGGUCAGCUAGGAGCUGGAAUCCGCUACUUUGACCUGCGAAUUUCCACCAAGCCCAGAGACCCAGACAAUGAACUGUACUUUGCUCAUGGCUUAUUCAGUGCCAAAGUCAAUGAGGGUCUUGAAGAGAUCAAUGCAUUUCUCACAGAUCACCAGAAAGAGGUAAUAUUCUUGGACUUCAACCAUUUUUAUGGGAUGCAGAAAUAUCACCAUGAAAAACUGGUCCAAAUGCUGAAAGACAUCUACGGAAACAAAAUGUGCCCAGCUAUUUUUGCCCAGGAAGUGAGUCUAAAGUACCUAUGGGAGAAGGACUAUCAAGUAUUGGUCUUCUACCACAGUCCAGUGGCAUUGGAAGUGCCCUUUCUCUGGCCUGGGCAGAUGAUGCCAGCACCCUGGGCAAACACGACAGACCCCGAGAAAUUGAUCCAGUUUCUUCAGGCAUCCAUCACAGAGAGAAGAAAGAAGGGCUCGUUUUUUAUAUCUCAGGUGGUGCUGACACCCAAAGCAAGCACUGUGGUCAAGGGUGUGGCAAGUGGCCUCAGAGAAACCAUCACAGAAAGAGCGCUUCCUGCCAUGAUGCAGUGGGUCCGCACCCAGAAGCCAGGAGAGAGUGGCAUCAAUAUUGUCACUGCUGAUUUUGUAGAACUUGGUGAUUUUAUCAGCACUGUCAUAAAACUCAACUAUGUCUUUGAUGAAGGGGAAGCCAACACUUGAUAUUCCUCUUUGGUGUGUCCAUGAGUAAGAUAGAGAAGCCUCAUUGUAUUAGACGUAUUAUCAAAUACACCCUCUGAUUUUCCUAUUCUGCUGAGCCUCUGAAGGAAUUAAGGCUGUAGGUGAGUGGGAAAAGAGGGUAAACCAUGUCUUCAGUGAUUGUAACCAUAUUCUGCAUUACUAUAAAUAUGUCAUUUCCCAUUUGGUGAGCAAAAUCUACUACUAGUGUUAGGAAUAGAAAAGAACAGUGAAUUUUGUUUUUCAGAAUUAAUGUUUGUGAUAUGUGACUCAUGAGUGUUUACUUGAUUGCAUUUUCUAGUUUCAACCUCGGGCUCCUGUACUAUUUAUACCCUCUACCCUUUCCACUCCCUCUCUCUUGCUCGCUCUUUCUAAUUAGAUGCUAUACGGGUCUCAAAGCAAUUGAAUGCCCGGCAUAAUGUGUAUUACAUUGUUGUACUGAAAUGUGUUUGUUUUGUGAGACUUGAUAAAAUAAAAUAGUCAUCUGCAAUUGA